AUGGUGAUUCCCAGCACCAGAAAGGGACAUGCUGGAUCUCGUGACAAUUUUGCGAAUUCCAACCAUCAUGGAGAUGAGAUAGUGCACCGACUCAACAAUGGUAGACGUUCAGAAGUAGACGAAGUGAAGCCGGAUCUUGUUUCGGGGGCUGGCGAUACGGUUAUCAAAUUGAAUAUUGGAGGCACAUCGUUCAGAAUCAGGGUUACCAGUAUAUUCUCACGGGGUGCAGAUGAGAAGUUGUCUGCUUUCGCCCAAUUGAAUCAUGAACAAAGACUUCAAGCAUGUGAUGCAUUUCUUAUGCCACAAGAAGAGUAUUACUUCGAAAGGUCGGCUAUCCUUUUUGAUUCAAUCUUCAAGUACUACAUAUCUGGACAGCUACACAGACCUCUUGAUGUAUGUCCAACAGAAUUUGCGACGGAAUUGAACUACUGGAAAAUAAACGAUGGACUCAUGUCAAACUGCUGUUGGAGAGGAUACAAUAUGAGUGCCUCACUUGAAGAACUCGUGGCACCCAAAGAAAAGAAGAUUGAACUGCACGAUCGUUCAAUGAGGUCUCGGAUUCAUCAAUUUUGCGAGGGAGACGGAUCUCUUUUCUCGACUUUAUUCACAUUCGGCAGUAUCACUUUUGUGCUUAUCAGUGUUAUCGGAUUGGUUUUGGGAUCUAUACAUGACUUUCAGGUGCCUAUCUAUAAAAAAGGAGGAAAAUCAGAAAGGAUCAGCAACUGGACAAUUGUGGAAAAUGAGAAUGUCAUUUGGGAGCCACAUCCAAUUUUUGGAUAUGUUGAGACUAUUUGCAUUAUUUGGUUCACUGUUGAGUUUAUCGUUCGUCUAGCCGUCACACCCAACAGAUUCCAAUUCCUGGUGGGAAUAAUGAACAUUGUCGAUAUGAUCGCAAUCAUUCCGUUCUAUCUUGAACUCGGACUUGCAUUAUUUGGUAUUGAUGUUGCAAGUCUCAGUGAUAUUAAGGGUGCACUUUUGGUGGUUCGAGUACUUCGUGUUCUUCGUGUCGUCAGAAUAUUGAAACUUGGAAGGUACUCAUCUGGAAUGAGAACAUUUGCAUUGACGCUGAAAAGUUCUGCUCGCCAACUUGGAAUGAUGGGAAUGGUUCUAUCAACUGGCGUUGUGUUCUUCUCCACUCUUCUCUAUUUUGUUGAGAAAGAUGAAAAGGACACACCGUUCACUUCUAUUCCAGCCGCUUUCUGGUGGGCUAUUGUCACAAUGACAACUGUUGGUUAUGGAGAUUAUGUGCCAGUGACAGUCCCUGGAAAACUGAUUGCGAGUGGAGCAAUCAUUAGUGGUGUGUUGGUUCUUGCUCUUCCUAUCACUAUCAUUGUCGAUAACUUCAUGAAAGUUUCUGGAAAGUGA